UUUUAUUUUUUUAAUCAUUGGAAAAAAUAUCCUUGGGUGAGGGUUAACCAAAAAAAAGAAAAAUGAUAGCAGUACUGUGGAGGUGGACCGUUUCCCUCUCUGUUGAGAUCCUGAUAGAUGGUUAUACAAUAAGCCUUUUUCCUGAUAAUGUGACCUCCCACUCUGACUUCACAGAUGCGCGAAGGAGAGAGAGUGAGAAGUCUCUAGAAAAUGAAACGUUCAAUAAGGAAGAAGACUGUCACUCUCCAACUUCUAAGCCUCCCAAACCUGAACAGCCUCUAAAGGUAAUGCCAGCCCCUCCACCAAAGGAGAAUGCUUGGGUGAAGCGAAGUUCUAACCCUCCUGCUCGAUCUCAGAGCUCAGACACAGAGCAGCAGUCCCCUACAAGUGGUGGGGGGAAAGUAGCUCCAGCUCAACCAUCUGAGGAAGGACCAGCAAGGAUAGCAGAUGAAAAUAAAGUGGAUGGGGUGAGUGUCCCAAAAGGCAAAAGUGGGAACUCCAGUCAUGGUCCAAGAGAUGGAAGAAACAAAGAUCAAUGGAAGGAGUCAGACAGCAAAGAUGCAAAAAGGAUCAAGACUCCCAUUCUGAACCUGAGUAAAUGAAACCUGAAGUAAAUCCAGCUUCCUUCAGUUCUGCAAGCAAGUAUGCCCCUCUCUCCAUUAAUGGUGAAGAUGGAAACGAGGGAGAUUACACUGAACAGACCUCUACAUCCUGUGCUUUCUCUGAGUCUCU